AUGAGAUCAGUAUCUUCAGCAACAUAUGGAGAACUGAAAGAUACGGAUUCAACCGAAACAUCCCCUAGAUCAACUCAACUGACACAAACAUCCACAUUCAACCAACAGUAUACAGAACCAUCCCCUAGAUCAACUCAACUGACACAAACAUCCACAUUCACCCCACAGUAUACAGAAACAUCCCCACCAUCAACUCAACUGACACAAACAUCCACAUUGAACCAACUGUCAACAGAAACAUUCCCUCCAUCAACUCAACUGACACAAACAUCCACUCUUACCCCACAGUCAACAGAAACAUCCCCUAGAUCAACUCAACUGACACAAACAUCCACUCUUACCCCACAGUCAACAGAAACAAACCCUAGAUUAACUCAACUGACACAAACAUCCCCUCUCACCCCAGAGUCAACAGAAACAAACCCUCCAUCAACUCAAUUGACACAAACAUCCACAUUCACCUCACAGUCAACAGAAACAUCUCCUCCAUCAACUCAACUGACACAAACAUCCACUCUUACCCCACAGUCAACAGAAACAUCCCCUAGAUCAACUCAACUGACACAAACAUCCACUCUUACCCCACAGUCAACAGAAACAAACCCUAGAUCAACUCAACUGACACAAACAUCCACUCUUACCCCACAGUCAACAGAAACAUCCCCUAGAUCAACUCAACUGACACAAACAUCCACUCUUACCCCAGAGUCAACAGAAACAUUCCCACCAUCAACUCAACUGACACAAACAUCCACAUUCACCCCACAGUCAACCGAAACAUCCCCUAGAUCAACUCAACUGACACAAACAUCCACAUUCACCCCACAGUCAACAGAAACAUCCUCACCAUCAACUCAACUGACACAAACAUCCACUCUUACCCCACAGUCAACCGAAACAUCCCCUAGAUCAACUCAACUGACACAAACAUCCACAUUCAACCAACAGUAUACAGAACCAUCCCCUAGAUCAACUCAACUGACACAAACAUCCACAUUCACCCCACCGUCAACAGAAACAUCCCCUAGAUCAACUCAACUGACACAAACAUCCACAUUCACCCCACAGUCAACAGAAACAUCCCCUCCAUCAACUCAACUGACACAAACAUCCACUCUUACCCCACAGUCAACAGAAACAUCCCCUCCAUCAACUCAACUGACACAAACAUCCACAUUCACCCCACAGUCAACCGAAACAUCCCCUCCAUCAACUCAACUGACACAAACAUCCACUCUUACCCCACAGUCAACCGAAACAUCCCCUCCAUCAACUCAACUGACACAAACAUCCACAUUCACCCCACAGUCAACCGGAACAUCCCCUAGAUCAACUCAACUGACACAAACAUCCACAUUCACCCCACAGUCAACCGAAACAUCCCCUAGAUCAACUCAACUGACACAAACAUCCACAUUCACCCCACCGUCAACAGAAACAUCCCUUAGAUCAACUCAACUGACACAAACAUCCACAUUCACCCCACCGUCAACAGAAACAUCCCCUCCAUCAACUCAACUGACACAAACAUCCACAUUCACCCCACAGUCAACAGAAACAUCCUCACCAUCAACUCAACUGACACAAACAUCCACUCUUACCCCACAGUCAACAGAAACAUCCCUUAGAUCAACUCAACUGACACAAACAUCCACAUUCACCCCACAGUAUACAGAAACAUCCCCUAGAUCAACUCAACUGACACAAACAUCAACAUUCACCCCACCGUCAACAGAAACAUCCCCUAGAUCAACUCAACUGACACAAACAUCCUCUCUUACCCCACAGUCAACAGAAACAAACCCUAGAUCAACUCAACUGACACAAACAUCCACUCUUACCCCACAGUCAACAGAAACAUCCCCUAGAUCAACUCAACUGACACAAACAUCCACUCUUACCCCAGAGUCAACAGAAACAUUCCCACCAUCAACUCAACUGACACAAACAUCCACAUUCACCCCACAGUCAACCGAAACAUCCCCUAGAUCAACUCAACUGACACAAACAUCCACAUUCACCCCACAGUCAACAGAAACAUCCUCACCAUCAACUCAACUGACACAAACAUCCACUCUUACACCACAGUCAACCGAAACAUCCCCUAGAUCAACUCAACUGACACAAACAUCCACAUUCAACCAACAGUAUACAGAACCAUCCCCUAGAUCAACUCAACUGACACAAACAUCCACAUUCACCCCACCGUCAACCGAAACAUCCCCUAGAUCAACUCAACUGACACAAACAUCCACAUUCACCCCACCGUCAACCGAAACAUCCCCUAGAUCAACUCAACUGACACAAACAUCCACAUUCACCCCACCGUCAACGGAAACAUCCCCUCCAUCAACUCAACUGACACAAACAUCCACAUUCACCCCACAGUCAACAGAAACAUCCUCACCAUCAACUCAACUGACACAAACAUCCACAUUCACCCCACCGUCAACAGAAACAUCCCUUAGAUCAACUCAACUGACACAAACAUCCACAUUCACCCCACAGUAUACAGAAACAUCCCCUAGAUCAACUCAACUGACACAAACAUCAACAUUCACCCCACCGUCAACAGAAACAUCCCCUAGAUCAACUCAACUGACACAAACAUCCACAUUCACCCCACAGUAUACAGAAACAUCCCCUAGAUCAACUCAACUGACACAAACAUCCACAUUCACCCCACUGUCAACAGAAACAUCCCCUAGAUCAACUCAACUGACACAAACAUCCACUCUCACCCCACAGUCAACCGAAACAUCCACUAGAUCAACUCAACUGACACAAACAUCCACUCUCACCCCACAGUCAACCGAAACAUCCACUAGAUCAACUCAACUGACACAAACAUCCACUCUCACCCCACAGUCAACCGAAACAUCCACUAGAUCAACUCAACUGACACAAACAUCCACACUCACCCCACUGUCAACAGAAACAUACACCCCAACACGUCAUCUACCAGUAACAUCGACUACAUCGGUGUUUGAACCACCAAUAACUUCGACACCACCUACUAAACCACUGGGGACUUCCACCACACCAGCCCAUGCACAAACAGGGAGUGAAAGUUUUACAAAUGCAUUGCGUUUGGCUGACCAAUUGGCUAACUCAAUAGUGGGUGCUACAGAAGUGAGCAGAAUGAUAUGCUCUAUAGCCCAAAACCUCAACUCUAGCGUGUAUUCCAACUUCUCAAGACCACCUGCCGACGUACUACAUCUUUUUGAUAUCUUGGCCCUCAAACUGAAAGAGACGGGAGUAAUAAUCGAGUCAGAUGUCUUGGAGGUUUUUGGGAUGGUCGCUGACAGCCUGGCCAGUACUACUCGAAGUAAAAACAAUGAAGACACUGACAGUCAAGAUGAUGACAUGGCGGCCAAGUUGAUGCUUUCUCUAGAAACUGUGGUUAAAGCAAGUCUGAACUCGUUUAAGGAUAGAAAAUCAGAAAUGAUAUUCUCUAAGAUAUUCAUUGGACGUUAUUCUGGAUCACUGAUGUUUCCAAAUGGAGAUCUUAUAAGUAAAGGCUCUUGGGCACCAAAAUCUGAGAACCAAAUAUACAUAACAAUGGAGAACAAAGGAGAAUACGAAAAGUUUUCCAUCAUCAUUUACAGACUGUCUGAUAAUUUCAUCAUUCCAAGGAUGGCCAGAGCUGGCGAUAUUAGGCUACCAAAUGAAGGAGAAAACUUGACUGUGGGCAGCAAUGUCGUUUCGGUAACUUCCCUUGGUGCUGUACAGAAUGUCUCCGUUAACUUGAUUUUCUCCGUCCAACAGUCUCAAUUGAACUCACCUCGGUGUGCUUUUGUUGACACCACAUUUAGCAAAGGGACAAACGUCUACUGGUCCGAUGUAGGCUGUCGAAUCGUCUCUCAAAACUUGACUCACGUGGUUUGCUCCUGCCAGCAUAUGACCAACUUUGCCGUCCUUCUGAGCAGGUUUAAAAAUAGAGAUGAUGACCCAAUACUGACCUGGAUGACCAAGAUAGGAAUUUACAUAUCACUUAGCAGCUUAGUUCUUGCAUCAAUAAUAUUUUUAGUUUGCUGGAAGAGCAUACGGAGUGACAAGAAUGUUCUCCAUUUAAAUUUAUGUGGUUGUUUGGCUGUUGGCUACAUCCUGUUUUUGUUUGGGGGUGAUAAAACGGAGGACAAAGAACUUUGUACGAUGGUCGCCAUUUUUUUACACUACAUCUUCCUUGUAGUGUUUUGCAUCAUGCUAGGCGAGGGCGUCCUGAUCCUCAAGACAGUCGUUUAUGUGUUUGAUACUUCUUCUGUUGCAAUCGAUAUUUUGAUACUGGCCUAUGGUUUCCCUACAGUGAUCUUAUCUGCCACUAUGUAUGCAACAAACUUGCGUGGCUAUGGGGAUGAAACAUUUUGCUGGUUAAGCUCAGAAGGAGGUGUCAUCUGGGCCUUUAUUGCUCCUGUCAUUGUCAUUAUGGUUAUCAAUGUCAUAAUUCUGGUCUAUGUUAUAAUGACAAUGCUGAGGACAAGAGCCAUGAGAGAUCAAUCUCACUUUAAAAGAGCGACUUCAGCAAUGUGGGCUCUUCUAGUGUUGUCUGGCCUCCUAGGCACCACCUGGGUUGUGGGCGUCCUCACCCUUAUUGAUGACUCAGUGUACUUGCAUGUACUUGCAGUACGUUUUCGUCGUCCUCACCCUUAUUGA